CCUCUCCUCUCCCCCCUUCCCCUUCCCUCUCUCAAAACCCUAGCGCGUACGCUUCCCCUUUCUCUCUAUCUGUAAAAAUGGCGAAGCGUUUGGUUCCUCUGCUGAACCGGGUUCUGGUGGAGAAGAUCGUCCCUCCGUCCAAGACCAGCGCCGGGAUCCUGCUUCCUGAGAAGACCACCAAGCUGAACUCUGGCAAAGUCAUUGCUGUGGGUCCUGGUGCACGCGGUAGAGAUGGAAAGCUAAUCCCUGUUUGUGUGAAGGAAGGGGAUGUCGUCCUAUUACCUGAGUAUGGAGGGACUGAAGUGAAGCUCGCAGACAAAGAGUAUCACUUGUUCCGGGACGACGACAUAUUGGGCACUCUUCAUGAAUGAUUUAUGAUAUGAUGUGAAACAUAGAACUGGAACUUACUGUACUUCGUUCUGUUAGAUGUUUUCCAGGCAAGAUAUGAGAGCUUAAAAAAAAAAAAAAAAAAAAUCAUUUUAGAACUGGUUAAAGGAAGCCAGAUUGAUUGAGGUGUUUUUGUGGGGUGAAACUUGGCACCAAAAUUUUCCUAUCAAUAAAUCAAUUUGGAUGAUCAAUACUCACCUCUGAAAUUUUAAAA